AUGUUUCUCGAUCCUUCGAUGACCUAUUCCUGUGCCCUGUUUGAAGAGCCGAUCAAGCCAGUAGAUGAGGUCGAUUUCCGAAUCCUGGAAGAAGCACAGAUCCGGAAAAUGGAUAGGUUGAUCGGGUUACUUGAUUUGAAGGCAAGUGACAGAAUACUGGAAGUUGGAUGUGGUUGGGGAUCAUGUGCGAUUCGGGCGGUAAAGAAAACGCCCUGUAACUGGACUGGAAUUACAAUCUCUCAUGAACAGCUGGAAUGGGCCAAACGACUUGCAGCUGAGGCAAAUUUAGAAAACAAUAUCACCUUCAAGUACCAGGAUUACAGGUUAACAACCGGCCAAUAUGACAAAAUUAUAUCUGUAGAAAUGAUAGAGGCGGUUGGACAAGCAUUUCUUCCUCAGUACUUCCAAGUGCUUUCUGAUAGACUUCUCCCUGGUGGAAUCGCUGUCUUACAGGGUAUAAUCUGCCCGGAUGCUUACUAUGACCGAUAUUGUCGAUCAUCGGACUUCAUCAAGAAAUACAUCUUUCCAGGCGGACAUAUGCCAUCCAUAGGUGCCAUCAAAUCUGCCCUACCAGCCGAUCUCACUUUGGGUGAAAUGAAACACAUUGGGAGGCAUUACGCGGCUACCCUCGAUCAUUGGUAUAGUGCCUGGAUGAAAAACGAAAAGGAAAUUCUGGCGCUGGGUUAUUCUGAAUCAUUCCAUCGACGAUGGCAAUACUACUUCUGCUUGUGUUCGGCUCUAUUCGCCAAUGAUCAUAUCGACACCAUACAGUUCACCCUCACCAAAUCUUUGUAG